AUGUCGACGUCGGACCGGACACCUCUAUUCCCACAGGUUCCCGCCUACGUCGAAGAUCCUAACCAUGGCAUGGAGCUGCAAGACGUCGCAAGGCAUGACACAUUACUGUCACCCGCUGGCAAUGCAUCCAACUCUCAAGUCCACGUGCCCAUUCCUUCAGACCUUGCGGAAGCCGCUGGCCUCAAUCUCGAUUCAACUACUGAGGAGAAUGUCUAUGAGAUGGCCCAUCUGACCUAUACACCCAUAUCGACUGAUCCCCAGGAGUUCAACGAAAAACACCAUCUGCGCCCCAAGCAAUUCAAGUACGCUCGCCAGACAGAAAUUCUAGUCGGCAUCACGGUUUACAGUGAACCGAAGCAUCUCCUUCGGCGUACGUUGCAGAGUAUCGUUCAUAAUUUAUUGUAUUUAAAUAUCCGCCCUGAGUCAAGGAUCUGGGGAAAGGGUUCUUGGACCAAAGUCGUGGUCUGCAUUCUCAUCGACGGUAUUGAGUGUGUGGAUCCUGGAGUUCUCGACGUUCUGACGAGUAUUGGGCUGUAUCAGAAUGGACUGUGCAGAAAGACGACCGAGCAGGGAGAGGAAGUCACGGGACACCUUUUUGAGUUUACAUCUCAGCUGGCAACGCAUCUCGGCUGCGAGACAUACACAGACGGUGACGGGAAAACUUCCAAUAUGAAGUUUCCGGUACAACUAAUGCUGCUUAUGAAGGCUUCGAACUGCGGGAAACUUAACUCAUAUCGAUGGCUGUAUAGUGGAUUCGCUAGAGUCUUACAACCCAACAUCACAGUGCACCUGGAUGUCGGUACGAAGCUGGGCAAGCAAGCACUCUAUAAGCUCUGGAAGGAAUUCGAUAUCGAGCCAAUGCUUGCCGCUGCCUGUGGAGAGAUAUCCUGUUCUUUGGGUGGGAACUGGCUCAAUAUUCUCAAUCCUAUUGUUGCGGCGCAGAACUUUGAGUACAAGGUUGGAUUCCAGUUGGAUAGGACGUUUGAAUCUGCAACAGGCUUUCUAUCACUCUUGCCGGGCGCCUGUUCUGCUUAUAGAUACGUGGGUAGUGCUGGUAAACCGCUUGAGGAUAUGCUCCUCGGAGAUCCAACAUGGAUCCAAGGCCAUAACCGUGAUCGCCUAUCCUUAUCGCCUGUCAAUCUCAAUCGCCAUCUCGCAGACGACAGAGUCAUUUGCUUCCGGAUCAUCAGCAAGCCAAACACUCAUUGGCUCCUGAAAUAUGUUCCCGUCACCGCUACUACUGACAUCCCCAUGACGACAACGGACUUCAUCAACCAAAGGCGACGAUGGCUCAACGGAGCGUUUUUCUCGACUAUUUAUGUCUUGAAGAGAUGUGGACACUUGUGGAGGUCUGAACACUCACGGAUGCGCAAGUUGACCUUUUUUAUCCCUAUAAUUCAUAGUGUUCUGGCUCUUGUCCUAGCUUGGUUCUCUCUUGCAGCAUUUCUACUCUCGACAUUUACUAUCAAUAGUAUCUCGGGAGAUCCCCCAAAGGAUGCACCCACUGGCGGAUUCCCUUUCGGGAAAGCAACACCAAUUGUCAACGCCGUCAUUCAGAUAGUGUACCUGGCGACUGUCUUGUUCCAGUUUAUACUUGCCCUCGGGAGUCGACCAAGAAAUCAUCGAAUUAGCUACAUCAUCUCAUUCGCUAUUUUCGGACUCAUCCAGGCUUACCUGAUAAUGAAUCUGGUCUAUCUAGUCAAACGGGUCGCUGACUACAAGGCCGAUGAUACUGGAUCUAGUAACUACGCCUAUAUCGGGGACUUCUACGCCGACAUUGGCCAGAGCACCAUCAUCGUCGCUGCAUUCUCCGUUUUCGGCGUGUAUAUCCUGAGCGCUCUCCUGGCACUUGAUCCAUGGCACCUUCUUACAUCCUUUGCCCAAUUUCUGUUCAUAUCAUCUUCUUAUGUCAACAUUCUCAAUAUCUACGCUUUCAGCAACACACAUGAUGUCAGCUGGGGCAGAAAAGGUCGCCAUGAAGAUACUGAAGCGGGCCAGAGACAAGAAGGUCCAAGACCAGCUACCAUCGAGAGACGAUUCACGUUUUCUGACCAAGACCCUAAUAUUCGAUCUGCAGCCACCCAGCGUGAUGAGACUCCCGAAGCUAGAAAUGCUGAGUAUCAACAGGCGCUUUCUCGAUUAGCAGCUGGAGACGAGACACUGAGUCGCGAGAAGAAGCGCCCCCAGGUUCUGGCAGUGGCCGACGCCAUGAUGGAGUUCCGCACAAUUCUACUCGCGUCUUACAUUUUCUCAAACAUUUUUGUUUGUCUUAUCGUCUUGAACGACAGUCUGAAGAUACUGUGGUGGCUUGGAGACUCGUAUUGGCACAAAGUCUGGUUCUUCCGUAUCUGGUUAUGGGCGAACUCGAUUAGCUUUUUGAUCAGGUUCGUAGGUUGUUUGUGGUAUCAUGUUAUGCGGGUAUUCAAUGGACUCUUUCGCGGCACUUUUAUGUAA